UUGAAUAAAGUUGGGGAAAGGAAGGAGAAGCAGUGGGGAGAAGCGUUUCGAGGUUCAUCGUCGGCGAUAGAAAAACUUCGACGGAGAUGGCAGCGGAGAAGGAGCUUGAGACGGCUGUGCGAGUGGUGCACCUCGCUUCUUCUCUCUGCCGAAUGGUUCAGCAGAAGCUUCUCCUUCCCUCCUCCAAUGGCGGCGUUCACGUCCAGUCCAAGGACGAUGAUUCCCCUGUCACCGUCGCAGAUUGGAGUGUUCAAGCAAUCGUCAGUUGGGUGUUAUCAGAAGUUUUUGGGGCUCGGAAUGUUUCGAUUGUUGCUGAGGAAGACACCGAGACUCUCUCAAAGGCCGAUUCAUCUGGUCUAUUGGCAGCUGUCUUGGACACGGUUAAUAGAUCCUUGGCUGAAGCCCCAAGAUAUGGCCUUCCAAAGCCAGAUAAACCCCUAGGGCCCACUGAAAUCCUCGAGGCUAUCGGUCGAUGCAACUCAACUGGAGGCCCCAAGGGAAGGCACUGGGUGCUUGAUCCUGUCGAUGGAACGUUAGGGUUUGUUCGUGGAGAUCAGUAUGCCGUAGCGUUGGCUUUGAUAGAGGAUGGAAAAAUUGUCCUAGGAGUACUAGGAUGUCCUAAUUAUCCGACAAAGAAAGAGUGCCUAAGCAACGGUUGCCAUCAAAUCAUGUCAAAAUUGCCGGGACCAGUAUCAGAUAGAUCACAAAAGGGAUGUGUCAUGUAUGCAAAGAGAGGGAGUGGUCAGGCGUGGACACAGCCUUUGCUUGGUGGAGACCAAGAGCUAGUGUUUCCAAACUCCGCAAGUCUGCUUAAGGUUUCUUCAGUUGAUGAUCCAACCCUAGCGACUGUUUGUGAACCCGUGGAGAGGGCAAACUCAAACCACAUAUUCACAGCCGGACUUACUAACAGCAUGGGGGUUAAAAAGCAGCCUUUGCGAGUCUAUAGCAUGGUAAAAUAUGCAGCCAUAGCCCAUGGAGAUGCUGAGAUCUUUAUGAAGUUUGCUCACUCGGGAUACAAGGAGAAGAUAUGGGAUCAUGCAGCUGGAGUUGUGAUUGUGGAAGAGGCCGGUGGUGUGGUGACGGAUGCUGGUGGGCGAUCCGUGGACUUCUCGAGAGGAAUCUACUUGGAAGGUCUUGAUCGGGGAAUCGUUGUAUGUUCUGGAAGAGCUCUGCAUGAGAAAAUUAUCGGUGCUGUUUAUGCUAGUUGGGACUCUUCCAAUCUCUGAAAGUUCAUUCCCUCUCGCCCCAUAUUCAACAAGUGCAGCACAACUGAGAGUCUGAGCCUCGUUUUGGCAAGGGCGAAGAAAGGAGCCCCUGGGAAAACAGCCUUGCGAUGAAGGGGAUGAAGGAGAAAGUAUUAGUUACAGAAGAAGAGCGGUAAGAGUUUGAUGGUAAAAUAAAGCUGUGUAUCGUUUUUUUUAAUACUGAGCCUCGUUUUGUUAGUAUUCUUACGGACGCAGGUAUUAUAUUUCCUAUCUCCGAUAGUAAAAAACUAUUUGUUUUCCUUUGUACCAUUUUCGGUAGUCAGAACGAUGUUUUGGCAAAGUACAUCGUAAAGCUAUUGUUUACUUUUAACUUGUAACUCUCCUCCUUUGGGGUUGGCCACUCUACGUUAUAUUUCGAACCUGCUUGAUCA